CAUAUCGGUCUUCAUAAUUUUUCAUGGUAUCUUGAGCAGGUACGUUUCUUCAAUUUUUUUUCCUCUCACAUUUUUUUUAAUUUUUUUUCUCCUUCUUUCUCGAUUUUUUUUUACUUCUCACUAUGGUUGAUUCACCACCACCAUCUCCAUCUAAAGUACGAGGACCUAAGUUUGAUGAACCUCGCUCAAGCUUAGACCCUUAUGAUGUACCAGCGUCGGAUAAUCGGUCGACUGUGUUUUAUUCCCCUAUAUUAACGGGUGAUAAUUAUCCCACAUGGUCAAGGGGAAUUGCUCGGGCUUUAAAAGCCAAGAACAAAUACGGUUUUGUUGAUGGUACAAUAGCCAAACCAAUCGCUUCUGAUGACAAACUUCCAGCUUGGAUUCGUGCAAACAAUCUGGUUUGUAUUUGGAUUGCCAAUUCCUGUGAAGCUGAGAUAAAACGAAGCAUUAGUUGGAUAGAAGAUGCUAGGGAUAUUUGGAUUGAUCUUGAGGAUCGAUUUUCUGAAACAAAUAUGCCUAGAAUUUUUGAUUUAAACCGUCAUAUAUCAACCCUCAAACAAGAAGAUUCUAGUAUAUCUUCUUAUUACACCAAGCUUAAAAGUCUAUGGGAUGAAGUAGGUGCUCUUACACCGGUUGAACCUUCCACCUGUGGUAAUGGAAGGCAAGUGAUUGAACAGAUGAACAGAGACAAAGCAAUGGAGUUCUUACAAGGACUUCAUGACAGAUUUUCGGCCGUAAGAAGCAAUAUCCUUCUCAUGUCUCCUUUUCCGAUGCUUGCGAAGAUUUACUCCCUUGUUCGUCAGGAAGAAGAACAACAAUUCAUCAACGUUGCUGUUGCACCUCAAAUUGACGGCGCCGCCUUGUCCACCAGAUUUUCAGCAAGAAGCCGCGUCCUUCUUGUGACCAUUGCCGAAAGAUCGGUCACACCAAAGACCGCUGUUAUCAAUUAGUUGGUUACCCAAAGAAGAGAAGAGAAGACACAAGCAAAGGCUACGCAGGAAACUCUAUACCAACCUCUCCAAGUAGCUACAUGGCUGCUGCUCCACAGUUGACCCAUGAUCAAUACAACUAACUUUUAGCGUUGCUCCAAACAGGUCCUACGACAACGACCGCAAACCUUGCAGGACCUACAAACGAAGAAGCUGAUUGGUUAGGGUGAUUACUACAAUGGUCUAUAUUAUCUUCGUGUUGUUACUGCUUUUUCUGUUUCUCUUCCGCAAAAUUUUCAUCUUUGGCACUGGAGAUUAGGACAUCCGUCCUCCCCUAGAUUAGAUUAUUUAUCGAAGAAAUUUCUUUUUAUUAGUUCAGACAAAGGCAUAUGUGGGAUUUGUCCACAAGCAAAAAAAUCUCGUUUAAAGUUUCCUUCUCGUUGUAGUUUUAGCUCUAGGAUUUUUGAAUUAAUCCAUUGUGAUAUUUGGGGAACAUUUAGCGAACCAAGCAUCACUGGGGAUCGUUAUUUUUUGUCUAUUGUUGAUGAUUUUUCACGUUGCACUUGGAUAUUUCUAAUGAAGGUUAAAUCUGAAACUUUUAAAUACUUACAAUAUUUCGUUUC